GAGAAACGAGAGGAGGCGAGGUGAACCUGCUCAGUCUGCAUCCCAAACAUUCGGGGAACAUUUUCUUUUAAUAAAUAUAUUUAUAUAUGCAAUUAUGCAGUCUUCCAAACGGAGUGAAAGUGACUGGCAGGGACUGGUCGGCGAGUUUCUGGUGUGCAAGCGCAAGCUGGAGAGUAAGAAAGAGGCGCUGCUAAUCCUGUCCAAAGAGCUGGACACUUGUCAGCAGGAGAGAGACCAGUACAAGCUGAUGGCCAACCAGCUGCGAGAACGCCAUCAGGGACUCAAGAAGAAGUACAGGGAACUCAUUGACGGUGACACCUCUUUGCCUCCAGAAAAACGCAAUCAGGUGAACCUGGCUCAGCUGCUGAGGGACUCGAGGGAACGUGCAAGAAAACUCUCAGAGGAGGUGAAAGACCUCACUCAGAGGCUUGCAGAGGCUCAGGGAGACAACAAGCUCCUGAGGAUGACCAUCACCAGACAGAGGCUGGGGGAUGACGAGGUGGGAGUGCGCCACUUCCCUGCCCAUGAACGCGAAGAUCUGGUGUCCCAGCUCGAGAGAGCAGGGCUGCAGAUGGAAGAGAUGGAGCACGCCGUUAAGGCCCUGACAGACGAGCUCCAGGACGUGAAGGCGGAGCGUAAUGUGUUCAGGGAAAAAGCUGAGCGACUAAAUGUGGAGCUCAACCACGUUUUGGGGAACCAUGAAUCACGCAUCAUCGACGUGGAUGCGCUUUGCAUGGAAAACAGGUAUCUGCAUGACCGUCUCACUCAACUGCAGGAGGAGGUGAACCUGCUGAAAUCCAACAUUAUGAAGUACAAGACGGCCCUCGAGAGGAAAAAACCCACCAGUGCAUAUGGAAGAUCCAGUAACGGCCCCCUUACCGGAGUCCUCUCAGCCAAACAAGUCCAGGAGAUGCUCCUGGAGGAGCAGGGCUGCAGCUUGCCUGCCACUCCUCAGUCCAUCGCUGACCUCAAAUCCCUGGCCACCGCCCUGCUGGAGACCAUCCACGAGAAGAAUCUUGUCAUUCAACACCAGAGACACACCAACAGGAUCCUGGGGAACAGAGUUGCAGAUUUGGAAAGGAAGCUAAAGACUUUGGAGGUGUCGGGAUUAUGGAGUCUACCGGGCUUGACCUACCACGUAUCUGUGGGAAUUGGGAGAACACGGGACAAUAUCUCUUUGAAUGAGAACCUUCAACUAGAGCUUCAACCAACACUCGCCACACAGCCCAGAGUGCAGCCACCCAAAGAUGACAGAAGUUCGCUUGAAUCAGCUUGGGACUACCACACCGCCGGCACUGACCUUGACAGAGACGGCGUCAACGGGGACGGCGAGCCGCCGCUGCUUAACUUCCUGGAGCCUCAUGAAGGGAUAGAUACUAAUGGGAUUGACAGGAACGGGGGUGAAAGUGCGUCUCCGGAGUCGGAGGAUGGACAGAGCCCAGUGGAAGAGACGGGGAGGGAGGCGGAAGGAGUCGAUGAUGAAGAACUCGGUUCCACAGUUGAGGAGGGAGAAGAAGCAGCUCUGGCGCUGGACGCUCCGCCAGCUGAGUCCGAGCUUCAGUGGCUUUCAAUCGAACCAGGGUUCCUCUGUCAGUCAGAGGCUGAUCACUUGUCCUGCCGGGACAGCGAGGCUAGUGAGGCGCAUGAACAUAGAGAAGCCUCGGCAUCUGUUCCAACGAGCAAGGCCACAGAGGAGUCAAGUACGACUGAGUGGGACGGUCACUGUUCAUCUACACAGACAGACACCUGUCAAAGUGACAAUUUAGCAUGAUCUGAAGUCAUGAAAACAUCUGCAAGGAAUAUUUCAAUUCUUCUUUUUACUAAUGACUGCAUCAAUCAUACUGUCUUCUGCUCCUUUUUCUUUGUUGUCAUACAAAUUGUUUUAGUAAAUAAGACAAUGAAAGGAGCAGGGAAUCUUCAAAUCAGAGGGUUUGCAGUCGUACGGCCUACAGGAAUAAUCAAGCAAGUAAAAUAACAAACAUCAUCAACUCCUGUUCACCAUAUUCCCUUCCAGCUGUCCCCCGUGGAAAGAUGAUCCCACUUCUUUGCUUUCUUCUGAAGAGAUGUUUUAAACUCAGUUCCAUAUUUUGGUUCAAGGAUUCCAAACUGAUGUACCAAAACAUCUAAUGGCCGUGUUGUACAUGUCUGUGAAUGAACAGUCUCCCAAUGAUUUCGUUAAUGUCUGUUCAUUUAAAGGAGUAAAUCUUACAAAUCGUUCAAAUGUAUUUUCCCUGUUGACACUUGGUAUUUUAAUGGGAUUACAUGUGCCUUAAAUGUCAAAAUGCUUAAUGAUAUUUAUAAACCUGGAUGUGUAA